AUGCACAGUGCUGAGGCAAAGUUCUUGGAGGACCGUGGCUACACCAGAGCACAGCUGCAGGAAAAUGUGGAUCUGUUAGGGUAUUCCUUUGAUGCUCGGAUCUUUCCUCGCAGCCGCUUUCUGGACAAAUUGGGCUUGAAGUCCAAAGACUGCCCUUUACAGAUCCUGGCUGCAGCAGAGGAUCGGUGA